UUAUUUUAGAAGAACUUCUUCUCGAGAAAAAUCAGGAAACAAAUGCGAUUGACAACUUGGUAAACUCUCAAAGCCAGAUAGGAAAUAUGAAAAAAUGCCGUUUUUGUCAAGUCUCCGAUAUCAAUAAUAAGAAGCGGGUUUGUCCUAAUUGUCGUAAUAAAUUACCUACAAUUAGUGAAAUGAAUCAACAAUUUAUUGAACAAUCUAAUAUUAAAAAUACUACUGACAAGCCUCUAGUUGUUUGUCCUUAUAGGUUUAAAGAAUUAGAUGCGCAAGGAUCGGUUCUAAAG